UGGAAGCGACUGUCGUAAUGUGUGUACGAGUUAGUUAGUGCCGAUCUUCCUUCCGGUGUAGCGAGUAGAAACGAGUGAAAAUGUUUAACUUUAGCCCAGCUGGAUCGUCGGGCGAGAAGGAACCUUUGCUGAGUGGCAAACAACUGUGGCCAGUGGUAGGGCAAGCAGAAGGUUCUACAUUGGAUGCUGCGUUUAAGGAUGUUCUGUUGACACAGGAGCCGGAAGGAGCGUAUCGUCACCCGUGCCUGGAAUGGCUAUCACGAGUCUUUAUCAUCCCGCAGCGGGUGAUAUUGGCGAUCAUGGGCUUUCUCGCGAUCAUGAAUGCGUACACGAUGCGCAUCUCGCUCUCGAUCGCUAUCACGGAGAUGGUAAACAAGACGGGCGGUGGUACGACCGAGGAUGAGGGUGGCGUUUGUCCGAUCGACGAAAGCGCGGAUCCGGACGAUUUUACUGGCGGUGAGUUCGAUUGGGAUGAGGAGCUGCAGGGCAUUAUCCUUUCCUCGUUCUACUGGGGCUACGUCAUCACGCACAUCCCCGGUGGUAUGUUGGCGGAAAAGUUUGGCGGCAAAUGGACGCUGAGUUUGGGCAUCUUAUCGACGGCCAUCUUUACGCUGAUUACACCGUGGGCGGUAGAGCUCGGUGGCUCGACGGCGCUGAUUGUGAUUCGUGUGUUGAUGGGAUUGGGAGAAGGCACGACAUUCCCUGCACUGAGUGCGCUGAUGGCGACCUGGAUUCCGGCCAAGGAGCGUAGUAAGCUGGGAUCGUUGGUGUUUGGCGGUGGACAGGUCGGUACGAUCCUGGGCAAUCUGCUGUCGGGCGUGUUGCUGCACAAUAUCGAUGGCUGGUCGUCGGUGUUUUACUUCUUUGGCGGUUUGGGAAUUUUAUGGUUUGUGAUCUUCACACUGCUCUGCUACAGCGAUCCAGAAUCACAUCCAUUCAUCAGCGAAAAGGAAAAGGCCUAUCUGAAGCAGGAGCUGGGAACGUUGGAACGCGAUCGUACGUUACCACCGACACCAUGGCGCUAUAUCCUCACGAGCGUCCCCAUGAUGGCGCUGGUUUGUGCUCAGAUUGGUCACGAUUGGGGCUUCUUCAUUAUGGUUACGGAUCUGCCCAAAUACAUGAGUGACGUGCUGCGGUUCUCCAUUAAGGACAAUGGUCUGUACUCCUCCUUGCCCUAUCUGGUCAUGUGGAUUGUUUCUUUGUCGACCGGAGUCCUAAGCGAUUGGCUCAUUACGUCUGGACGCAUGACAAUCACGUUCGGACGUAAGCUGUUCACUACCAUCGCAUCCGUCGGACCGGCCUGUUUCAUCGUGGGUGCCUCGUACGCCGGUUGCGAAAAGGCGGUGGUCGUCAUGCUGUUUACCUUCGCCAUGGGUCUCAUGGGUACGUUCUACCCCGGCAUGAAGGUGAACCCGCUCGAUCUGAGUCCGAACUAUGCCGGUACGCUGAUGGCCAUCACGAACGGUAUCGGUGCCAUUACCGGCAUCAUUGCACCGUACGUCGUCGGUGUGAUGACACCCAAUCACACCCUGGAUGAGUGGCGAAUUGUGUUCUGGAUCUCGUUUGCCGUCUUCAACGUCACCAACCUGGUGUAUGUCAUCUGGGCGUCCGGUGAGGUGCAGCCCUGGAACACGCCCCAUCUGAUGAACAAAUCGGUCGAGGCGGGCGAGUCGAACGGCGAAGACACCGAUCCGGCCAUGGCAAAGAAAAGCGUACUAUCUCAAGAUGCCAUAAAACAGUAAGCAGGAAUACUUCCUGAAUCCCUCAAG